ACUUCAACAACUUCCGGUACGUACUUCCGGGUCACCGUGUUUCUUCCAUGCUACUCAAUCGGACCAAGCUGUCGUUGGAAGAAGACGAGACAACAAAAUCAAUUUAAACCACGCCGAUCAUGUUUAAACUGGAAGGACUUGGGCCUAAAAUGGACCCUGAGGAAAUGAAGAAGAAAAUGCGACAAGACGUCGUCUCGUCUUUACGAAACUUUCUUAUUUACGUCGCUCUCCUCAGAGCCACUCCGUAUGUAUUAAAGCAGCUCGACAGUAUUUGAGAGGCGGCUCUCCUUUCCAUCCAGAGGAUCUCCGACCUAUGUCAAAGGCAUCCAUGCAACAUGAUGAGUGGAGGAUGUCCUGCAUCUGCUCAAUCUUCACCACCCGCGUGACAUUUUCCUGGGUUCCUUAGUCACUUAUUUUUUUUCUGUUCAAACACUGUGCAGUUUUUCAAUGUGUUAUAGUAUGAAUUUCCAUUAGUACGAAUUGAUUUUGGAUUAAAUGCGAUGUUCAAACUCA